UCAGACGCGCGCUAUGCUUGGUUCUUCAAUUAUCAUUCUUCGCCCAGUUCUCUGUCAUUUCUUAUCCAUCCACCCAACCUUCUCCCAUGCCGACACCCCCUCUCCCUCUCUUCCACCAGCUUCUCACUGCUCUCCACAUCCCUAUUAACCCGCCCUCGCUCGCCGCUAUCCCGCCCUCGCUCCUCCUCCUCACCCUUGAGACCAUCCUCAAUACCCGUCUCCCUCUUCCACACUCUACCCGGCUAUGUCAAACAUCCGGCGACGAACUCGUAGUCAUCAAAUGUGUCCUUGGGGUUUUGGCGGAUGAUAUUCUAGGGAUGGACCUGUCCGUGGUCGAUCCGGUGAAUGUGGUGCGGGGAAGGGAGCAUGAGAUGGCGGUUAUGAUCAUGGCGUUGGUGGUUGCUGCCAGACGUCGCGGGGUUCAUAUCACGCUUCCUCCACCUGCAAAAGGAGAUAGGCGAGGCGAUUCGAGGCUGGGAGUAGAAAAGGUAUCGUCAUGGCUGGAUGAUGAUGAGGAAGACUGGGAGGAAUCGGCAUCAUUACGCUCAGCCCUGCCACCACCUAUACUCCCCGACAUAAGCCUGUCCUCAUCAGAGACAUCCGUUUUGGAUACUUCUGCUGGUACAUCAUUUACUAUGCAGCUACCAGACGACGAGUUUCCGUAUCUAAAAGUUACUCCUGAUAAGCGAGAUUACGGGCGGACACAAGAAGGGUUUGUGACCCCUAUUAUGAAUAGGACAGGCGUUUCAAAAGCACAUCGCCUAUCAUCCCCUUCGCGACAGAUGAUAACGCCGUCAACUGGGUCAAAAGGAAAUGCCAGCGCUCGGUCGCCGUCUCUAGAAUCUAGCGAGGAGCAAGGAAGUGGCAGAACUGUGCUGCAAUACAUGCUGGAUGAACUGGGACUUGGUCUAGGUGGUUAACGAGUCUCCUCAUAUUCCCCAUGACUUUGCCUAGCGCCCCGCCUUUAAUCACUUUUUGGGCGUGCCUAAAAGUUAGACUUGUGCGGACACCCCUCUCUUUCACCCAUACUCCUCCAUUCCGAAGACUUUCCAUCACUGCAGGGUCGCCCAGUAAUUCCGCAUUGGCAACAGCUACCACAUCUCCAUCAUCCGCACCCCCGGCCAUCACUGAGUCCUGCGUCUUCGCCGCUAUUGCGUGUAGAUGCGAGGUGUACAGUGAUGAGGAGAGAAUGAGGAGUGAUCGUGGAAGGACGAGUAAAUGGGCCAGGGGUACGGCCGCGACUGCGCGAGCGCAACUUCCGGAGUCUUUGUCUGUGGAAGAAACGGUGGCAACCAUGGGAGGUGAUGGGGAGGUACUAGAUAUGUAGUGGUGGAGGUCAAGCACGGUAUGGGAGCCGAGGGAGAUGGUGGCAACAAGGGGUUGGAAUGCAGGUCCAUCUUCAUGUGGCUAGCGGUCGUGUUAGAGCGAAACCGAGAGAGAGCGUUAGGAAGGUCUCACAGCGAUUCCUUGGCCUGGGUUAUACUCAUUGACGAGUACCUGAAUCACGAAUCAGUACUCCAAAUAGAUGUUUAUUUGACAGGGAGAUGGCGUACCUGAUUGAUAUCCAGCCUGGGGCCAUCCGGUGAAGCUAAUUUCAAAAACUUUCCUAUACGACUGAUGAUAUCUGGACUGUCAAUUUAUAUUGAACAUUGCGUGAGCGGAUGUAACGCGUUGAUAA